AAAACCUUUGAAUUUUAAUACCCAUUUAAAAAGUUGAAAACUUUUGACAAAUGGGCCUAGAUUCUUUAAAGCUAAAACCCAUCACCAUAAUCCUCUUCUUCUUCCUCACCACCUGCAUUGCCAUUUGUGACGCCGUCCAAACAUCCCGGAAACUCAAUCACCCAGUUGUCAUCCUCAUUUCCGCAGAUGGGUUUCGUUUUGGUUACCAAUUCAAAACUCCAACCCCAAAUAUACACAUUUUGAUCAACAAUGGAACCGAAGCCCAAACCGGGCUGAUUCCAGUUUAUCCCACUUUAACUUUCCCAAAUCAUUACUCAAUUGCAACUGGGCUAUACCCUGCUUAUCAUGGAAUUGUAAAUAACCGGUUUCUUGACCCAAUAGCAGGGGACACUUUCACCUUGUCUAGUCAUGAGCCCAAAUGGUGGUUAGGUGAACCCAUUUGGGAAACAGUUUCAAAUCAUGGAUUGCAAGCUGCAACUUAUUUCUGGCCCGGGUCCGAAGUUAAAAAAGGUUCUUGGGAUUGCCCAAAAAAGUAUUGUGCUGCGUAUAAUGAAUCCGUGCCAUUUGAAGAACGGGUUGAUACAGUUUUGGGUUAUUUUGAUUUGCCUAAUGAUGAGAUUCCGGUUUUUAUGACAUUGUAUUUUGAAGACCCUGAUAGUCAGGGUCAUCAAGUUGGUCCUGAUGAUGUUCAAGUUACUAAAGCUGUUAGUAGGAUUGAUGGGUUGAUUGGCAGGUUGAUUAAUGGGCUAGAAAGUCGCGGCGUUUUUCAAGAUGUUACAAUUAUAAUGGUUGGUGAUCACGGUAUGGUUGGCACUUGUGAUCAAAAAUUGAUCUUCUUAGAUGAUUUAGCUUCUUUUGUCAAGAUUCCUGCCGAAUGGGUUCAGUAUUAUACUCCCGUGCUAUCCAUCCGUCCACCUCUGAAUCAAUCGGUUUCUGAUAUAGUGAACAAAAUGAACCAAGGUUUAAGUUCUGGGAAGGUCAAGAACGGCGAUAAAUUGAAAAUCUAUCUGAAAGAAGACCUUCCUAAAAGGCUGCAUUAUUCAGAAAGCGAUAGGAUAACUCCGAUUUUAGGGUUAGUGGAAGAAGGGUUUAAGGUGGAACAAAAGGACUCAAAGACCAUGCAAUGUGCGGGCGCACACGGGUAUGACAAUGCGUUUUUCUCCAUGCGAACAAUAUUUAUUGGUUAUGGCCCUCGAUUUCCUAGAGGUAUAAAAGUGCCAUCUUUUGAGAAUAUCGAAAUAUACAACUUGAUUACUUCGAUUCUUAACAUAAAUGGAGCUCCCAACAAUGGGUCAUCAUCGUUUGCUAAGAGUGUGCUUUUGCCUCAUCAUCAUCAUUGAUUGCAUAUUUCAGGAAAUGUAUGCAUAUCUGAGGCAAUGUAUGCAUAGUUAAGGUUUCGGGAUGUUUCUAGAGUUUUGUUUUACUUCGUUGCAACUCUAGUUGAUUUCUUUAUUUGUCUUCUGUAUCUUUUACCGACU